AUGGCUGGAGUCCAAGCUUUUGUUUCAACAAUUCUCUUUCUUUCACUCAUCACAUUCUCCACAUUCCAUCCAACGCAUUCAAAACCUAAUGGUUUCAGCCUCCGGUUGAUCCCUAGAGACUCACCGGAAUCGCCUCUAUACCCCGGAAACCUCACAGUACAUGAACGUAUCGAAAGAUUGGUCAGGUUCUCGAAAGCCAGGGCGCGCUACGUGGAAUUAACUUCCGGUUCAAAUUCCACCGCAGACCUCAACCAAAUAGAACUUACUUUGCUUCGUGACAACUUCUUCUAUAUCGUGCAGAUUGCGCUUGGAACCCCAAAAGUCCCCCAGCUCCUGCUUCUCGACACUGGUGGUGGCCUAAUUUGGACUCAGUGCCAGCCUUGUGUUGCAUGUUACCCACAACAAGGUAAUCCCAUUUUCGAUUCAACAACAUCGAGCACAUACCGAAAGCUUCCGUGCGACCACCCUCUGUGUUCAGGUGCCAAUCCCCUUUACCAAUGUGCUAACAAUGAAUGCGUCUACAAUAUUGGUUAUGGUGGUGGCGCAACAACUCGAGGUGUUGCUUCCUUUGAAACAUUCACAUUUCCGACUGAUACAGCCGAAAACGUGAUCUUCGGUUGUUCGAAGGAAAACAGAAACAUUCAGUUCUCAAAGAGUGGUUACAUUUCGGGGGUAAUGGGGUUGAGCUUGAGUCCGGAUUCACUAGUGACCCAACUCGCUGAUAAAACCAAAAAAACUUUCUCAUACUGUUUGCUCCCUUUUACUGAUGCACUAAUAAACCCUGGUUUCGUUAAGUUUGGGGAUGAAAUACCAUUACCAGCUGGAAAUGUUUACACAAGUCCGUUUGUAACACCACCUGGACAACAUUACUACUACCUAAAUCUUUUGGAUAUAAGUGUUGGGUUGAAACGCCUAGGGUUUCCACCGGGUACCUUUACAAUUGGGCAAGGUGGCACCGGUGGUUUCUUCAUCGAUUCUGGUGCCCUAAUCCCUCAACUCAAUACAGAUGCCAGCGGACGCAAUGCCUACAGGGAGGUGAUGAGGGCAUUUCAACAAUGGUAUGACGGUUUAAAACUUACAAGGAUCGGUAAAGUGCCUGAAGGGCUGGCAUUGUGCUACAAAUAUACGCCGGAUUUCAAUCAAUUCGCCACAUUAACGUACCAUUUGCAAGAUGCUAAUUACGUCGUUGAUGGGAAAUAUGCUCAUGUCUUUAACAAAGAUGCGGGGUACUUUUGCGUAGCAAUGAUGCCUGGAAAUGGGAAGUCUAUGCUUGGAGCAUGGCAUCAGCAGAAUAUGAGGGUCACCUACAAUGGCAACAUCAAUUCACUUCAAUUUUCGGUCGAGACUUGUCCUAGUUAA